AUGCGAACAUGGCGGCGAACCUUCGCUACGUCUGUUGCCAGACUGAGCCAUAAACCUGCAGGUCAGGGCGUCAGCCCCACACUCUUACGAUGCGCCCAAGUCCUGGAGCAAAGCAAAAAUGGACCCUGCAGUUUAGAAGAUCAAGAGAUCAAGUUGAAUGGGUUUAUUCGCUCCGUCCGAAAGCAGAAACGCUUUGCGUUCGCCGAGAUCUCAGACGGGUCGACAAUUGAGCCUGUACAGGCUUUUUUGAGACCAGCACAGGCUGCCGAACUGUCUACCGGAACUGCUGUGGAAAUUUCUGGGAUCUGGAAGGCUUGCCCACCGGGCAAGGAGCAAACCCAUGAGCUUCAAACAACAGACGUGAAUGUUCUUGGGAAAGCAGACCCUGAGACCUACCCCAUCCAGAAAAAGUAUCACAGCCCCGAUUUCCUCCGUCAGAUCCCCCACCUCCGCAUGCGCACACCAUUCAGCUCCCUCCUCUCACGGUUCCGAUCCGAAUGCUUGUACCAGCUAGGAAAUGUGUUUCGCUUCGCCCCGAACGGGGGCUACGUUCAGGUCCACCCACCGUUAAUCACAUCGUCGGAUUGUGAAGGUGCUGGAGAGACAUUCACAGUCCUGCCGCGGGAGGCUAUGGGGUCACAGUCAGAGGGCGAGCAUUUCUUUCGGGCACCCAAAUACCUGACAGUAUCGUCGCAGCUCCACCUCGAGGCCUAUGCAGCAGAGUUAGGAAACGUAUGGACGAUAUCACCCAUGUUCCGGGCCGAGAAGAGCGAUACGCCGCGCCAUCUUAGCGAGUUCUACAUGCUGGAGGCGGAGAUGAACUACAUGCAUGACCUGGACUCGCUGACCGACUCCGUGGAGUAUAUUCUCCGUGACCUGGUUCGUCGGUUACACGACACACCUGUUGGCCAGGAGAUCUUGUCCGCAAAGCGGUCGGGCGAGUCCGGUCAAGAUUCAACUGAAGGAUCCGGUGCUGAUCUAAAACAACGAUGGAAUGAUAUGAUGGAAGGACCCAAAUGGGGUCGGAUGACCUACACGCAGGCGAUUGAGAAACUCCAGGACGCGGUCGCCAAGGGACAAGCCACAUUCGAACAUGCACCCGAAUGGACCGGCGGCCUUCAACUCGAACACGAGAAGUACAUCGUCGACGUGAUUCACAACGGCCGUCCCGUGUUCGUGACCGACUAUCCUAAGGUCGUCAAGCCAUUCUACAUGCUGCCAUCCAGCGGAGACGGCUCCGCAGCACCAGGCGAAACAGUCGCCUGCUUUGAUCUCCUCCUCCCAGAAGUUAGCGAAGUCGCAGGAGGCUCCCUCCGCGAGCAUCGCCUCCCCAACAUCAUCCAGAACAUGCGCGAGCACGGGCUGAUCAAAACCCGCGCACUAUCCGCUCCAGAACCGGAAGCGGAAGCAGGAGCACAAGCCGAUUCCGAGACGCCACUGUACCCUCACCUCCAGCCCGGUGAAGACCUGGGCCAUCUCCAGUGGUAUGCGGAUCUUCGGCGGUGGGGAACAGCGCCCCAUGGAGGAUUCGGGCUUGGGUUUGACCGAUUCCUGGGAUACUUGGCUGGCGUCUCCAGUAUCCGGGACGUGGUCUCUUUCCCUCGGUAUUUCGGCCGGGCGGACUGCUGA